AAUACGAGUAGUUACAUAAUUCAUAAGAACAGCGGUAGUGGCUAGUUAUCAGAAAAUCAACCGCAGUUUUCAACCUGCCUCUUUUGUGAGUCCUCAUUGUUGACUAGACUGAAUUGUACUACACUUUUCACAGGGUUUGUGUCGGAGGAUCACUUUUACUUUACCUGGGAUUGGAGAGUGACAUCUUGACUGACGUACUGAAACCACCGCAGAAGAGAUCAUGGUCGUCUGGAGAGAACUGUGGUCCAGGAGCCUCCUGGCUCUCUCUUUGUUUGUCUACAUCCUUCUCACCCUGGAUGUACAUGCACGCCCGGCCAACAUGUCAUCCUCCAAGGAUAAGUCUCCAGCCACUAAAGACGAGAACGAGAUCCUUCCGCCGGACCACCUGAACGGGUUAAAGUUGGAGAUGGAUGGUCAUCUCAACAAGGACUUCCAUCAGGAGGUGUUCCUGGGAAAGGAGAUGGAGGAGUUUGAUGAGGAUUCAGAGCCAAGAAGGAACAGGAGGAAGCUUAUUGAGAUUUUUACCAAAGUUGACGUCAACAAGGACCGCAGUGUGAGUGCCAAGGAGAUGCAGCACUGGAUCGUGGAGAAGACGAAGGAGCACUUCAAGGAGGCCAUGAAGGAGAACAAGAACAGUUUCCAUGCUGUGGAUCCAGAUGGGGAUGGUUAUGUAACAUGGAAUGAAUAUAAAGUGAAGUUUCUGGCCAGCAAAGGUUUUGAUGAAAUAGAGAUUGCUGAUAAAAUAAAGAAGAAUGAAGAGCUGAAACUGGAUGAGGACACUCAGGAGGUGUUGGAGAGCUUGAAGGACCGCUGGUUUCAGGCUGAUAACCCUCCUGCCGACCAGCAGCUGGAUGAAGAAGAGUUCCUCUCCUUCCUCCACCCUGAGCACAGCAAAGGCAUGCUCAGAUACAUGGUGAAGGAAAUAGUGCGAGACUUGGACCAGGACAGCGACUGGAAACUGACCCUGUCAGAGUUCAUCUCUUUACCUGUGGGCACCGUGGAGAACCAACAGGGGCAGGACAUUGAUGACGACUGGGUCAAAGAGAGGAAGAAGGAGUUUGAAGAUGUCAUUGACUCGAACCAUGAUGGUAUCGUAACCAUGAACGAACUGGAGGAGUACAUGGACCCGAUGAACGAGCACAACGCCCUGAAUGAGGCCAAGCAGAUGAUCGCCGUCGCAGACGAGAACCAGAAUCACCGCUUGGAGUUGGAAGAGAUCCUCAGAUACAGCGAAUACUUCACAGGCAGCAAGCUCAUGGAUUACGCCAGAAACGUGCACGAGGAAUUCUGAGCACAAAGUUAAGAGACACCUUCGCACUUCCACACACACACAAGCUCCUAGAUCUGCUUCAGGGACAUGGCGAUAAGAUGUUCUACUGUCUAGUUUUCUGUUUAAUCUCAUCACCGGCCUGUUUCAACACUGACUCUUUACCUCCCCCCUAAACAUCAAAGCUAACAGUCUACCUUUUGUGCAUCGGUGGGUAAUUUUGGGAUUUUGUCUUCUCCAAAUGAAUUCCUGAAAUUGUGAAAUGUGUGUAUAUGAUGAAUUUUGGUCCAGGUGAGGCUGUUUGUUUUGGGCUGAUGCAACCAUCUAGCCAGCAUGUUUGUAUACAGUGUAAAAAUUCACAUUUGCUGCAUAGCCAUACAUUGUUUUUGGAGAGAACAGAGCUGCUCAGGUGUAACAUAGAUGGCUAGUCUUGUUAAGUCAUUCAGUUCUGAUUAUCUUCCAAAAUGGAUUUCUGCUGCUUUUCAGUGUGUGCAGGAAUAACCGGACUCAUUGAAAACCUGUUAUUAUUCAUAGAAGCAGCAUCAGUGAUAAACAUCGCUUAAAACAUUAAAAAAGAAAUUAAUAUAUAUAUAUUAUGAGUGGUUGAUGUUUUGAUGACAACGAAACGGUCAUCACGAUAAAUAAACUGCACCUGAAUGCAACACGGCAUCUUCUUUUAUAUUAAACAAAGCUCUGAGUUUUCCUAACAGCAGCUUGUCUUCUUUAUGCUUUCAUUCAUGCGGAUGAAGAUGGAUUUUAUUUAUUGACCUGUUUCAUUUUGAAUGUUUAAAUGCCUUGCACAUAUUUACUGCAGGUGUCCUUGUGUUGGUUCUUCAUAAUUAUUCUAGUUUGUGUUUAAUUCUCUAGUAGUAAUGUUUUUUUUUUAAUGCAUGGAGAAAAAAAUUUAAGUUGAUACGUUUAGUGUUUGGGCUCCUGCUGCUGGCUGUGCUUUCCUCAGUCUGAUUGUAAAAUAAGAUUUCUAACAGAAUGUGUCAGCUUUAUAAAAUGUACCACAAAUAAACAAGAAAAUAAUAAACAUUUCUUAUCAACUAAAA